UUAAUUUGGUGGAAAUCGAAUUCUAAUAGGUUUCCUAUUUUAAGUAUAUUAGCUAGGCGUUAUUUAGCUAUUCCGGCUACUUCUGCUUCUAUAGAGAGGAUUUUCUCUAUUUCUAGUAAUAUUAUUACUAGAAAUAGAAAUAGAAUUUCCUCUAGCCUAACUAGGCAGCUUAUUUUACUAAAAAGCUGG